GUGCACAGCGGCUGCGCCGUGCAAACACCGAUGGAAAGGUGCAAGCUCGAAAACCAGUAGAUAGGGGGAGCAUCCCCGAGCCAGCACCCUUCGAUCCCUGGGCAUCGGACUCCGAGGACGAUUCCAACGCGCGCCCCGUCAUCACACCAGCUCCAAGGCGGAAGAUCCCCAGCUCCAGGGGCAAGAGCGAGGGAGCCGGGACACGACUAGACCUGCCAUCAGGACGACCUAAUUAUUUGUUGGCCAACCAGAAAACUUCGAGGUCCAGCCGGGUAGACAAGCACCUGGAGGCAGAGUUCUCACCGGAGACAAAUGCCUCGCCUGGGCAUCCUGAUCGAGCAUCUCCCUGGAGCAGUUCCAGAUCCCCGAGCCGACCGAAUCCACUCUUGCCCAGUUCACGGUCUCCUUCCGUAUCAAGACAGGUGACGGAUGCCUCCAUGACUCCCAGAGGAGAGAGAGCAACCAGUCGCAAGAGGACUGAUGGAAGCCCAAGAACUCCAGAGACGACAGAUCCAGCUCUGUACUUGCAGUCCUUGUUGCAGGAGACCCCCUCUACAACAGCCACAGACCGCUCGUCGCCACUUGCGUCGCCGCCGUCGCCACCCUCUGGACCGCGAACGGAAAUGCGGCACAAGGGUGUGGCUCUCAGCCUUUCCAGCCUUUACUCAGAGGAGGAGGCAAGCCCCACAGUGCCCACAGCGCCCAAAGCACGUGCGACGCAGAUGCCGCAGGACCCUUCCAAAGUGCGGAAUGAGGAGAAGCCUCGCGGCCGCUCUCAGCCAAGCCGCCGCACCGAGACGAAGGCUUUGGAAGCUGCUGGAUCUGGUGGUUUACCGGUGGGUACUCCGGUCAAGGCUCGGAAGACGACGACUUCCAAAGCGAGAAAGGCGCCUCCAAAAGCAGAGCAAUCGAAAGAGAGGCCUGCACCGAAGAUGUUGGGCAAGGUUCAGGACAGCCCCAAAGAAGAGAUCGAGAUCAAGAUUGACCAGGUCGAUUUGGGCUCAUCAACUCGCACCAAUGAGCUGAUGACGACCUUUGGCGAUGAGCUUUCCUUCACCAAUGAGCCAGUGCCGAAGGUCAUCCAGUCAUCGCCAGAGCCCAAAAGCUUAGAGGUGCCACUUCCAAGCGAGCAGAGGGCUGCCUUCGGGCAGAAGGUCUAUUCUUUUCAGGAUGAGCUGGACAUUUGCCACAAAAUGGAGAGGGGCUGGUCCACAUUGCAGGCAGCUGCCCCUGCAGUUCCGGCGCCUCCAAACCCUUAUGAUUUCCAGAAGCCUCUGAAAGGCAAAUUGAACUCAGAUGGAGCAGUGAUCAAGGAUGGGCAAGCAUCCCGGACUCCCAACACUCAUGUGCGCUUCCCUCGACUUGCAGAGCUACUUCGUUCUGGCAAGGCAAUUGACCGCUCACAACGGCCCGUCCCAGAGUAUGGCGAGUUAACUUGCCUUAUGCAGGCUCAGAUGGUACUGGGCCAUAGCUGGACAUCAGACACAUCGGUAACCUCCGUGGUGCUUCAUUGGCUACAGUGGUUCUUGCCAUACAUUGUUCUCGUGAGUGUUCUGCUGGUCGUGGCCCUCCUGGUGCUGGGGCCUUCAGAGGCCUUUUUUGGUUUGCUGCCCUUGCCACUGCUUCUUCCUCUGCAACACCUUCGCUGCAAAGCCUGGAAUCGUCAGCUGCUUGCAGCAGUAGACAAGGCUGCUUUUGCAGAUGCCUUUGACCAGCUGAGGGCACCCCUGGGUUGGGGCGAGGAUGGUCAGGUCUUCUCAGCAAAUCUCAACGCAGCAAUGCAGGCCUUGAGCCUUCCUCCUGGCGAUUUGUUGACAUCCAUGCGCAGUCGCUUCGAUUGGAAGCUUGGUGUGCUGUGCCCCUUAGUAUUGGUUCUUCCUGCACUGCUCUACAUCUUGAAAAAUGAAACGCAGAGCUUGGAAGCCGCGGAGGUCCCAGUGCUGCUGCUCUGUGCUUUCACUAUGCUUGCCGCCUGCUCACCUGGCAAGGAGAUGCGCCGUUCCGAAUUGGUGGACCAACGCCUGGAGGCUCUUGAGACAGCUUUCAAUGCGCUUCUGGAUACUUUGCGGCCUUUGCUGGGCUCAGCAGCGCAACCUCACUGUAUGCAGGGCAAGGUGGGUACCAACAGCUCCACGGGUGUUGAACGCUUCUCUGUGAGGAUGGUCACGUCCGAAAGGUUCACACUGCGUGGCACUGACGAUUUCGCAGGAGGAGUGCAGCCUGCAGAUCAGCUGCCCGCUGGCUUCUUUCAACCUGGUGGCGAAUGGACUUGA